UCUCAACCCAGGGGGGUGGCAUUCACCACAUCUCUUUUCAUUCAUCUUCUGUUUUGCAGCUCUCUCCCUCUCCUUCGAGGGUUUCUUUUCUUUUCUUUUUUUUCUUUCUUUCUUUUUUUCUUUUCUUUUUGAUUUUCCUUCUUUCAAUCAAAACCCUAAUUAUCCCUUCAAUUUCUUAUCCUUUUUUUUUCUAUUUAAAUUCCCCAUAUUUAGAAAGACGAUGCAACAGCAAAGGCUGAAACAACAGCAACAACAAGCAUUGAUGCAACAAUCACUUUAUCACCCUGGUCUCUUAGCACCCCCUCAGAUAGAACCCAUCUUGAGUGGAAAUCUGCCUCCUGGAUUUGAUUCGAGUACUUGCAGGAGUGUGUACGUGGGAAACAUCCACCCACAAGUUACAGAACCACUUCUUCAGGAGGUUUUCGCAAGCACUGGUCCCCUUGAGGGAUGCAAGCUCAUAAGAAAGGACAAGUCAUCCUAUGGUUUUGUGGAUUACUUUGAUCGCCGAUCAGCUGCCCUUGCGAUUGUGACCCUUAAUGGAAGGCACUUGUUUGGACAGCCUAUAAAAGUUAACUGGGCAUAUGCCAGUGCUCAAAGAGAGGACACAUCAAAUCACUAUAACAUUUUUGUGGGUGAUCUUAGUCCGGAGGUUACAGAUGCCACAUUGUUUGCAUGCUUUUCAGUCUACACUAGCUGCUCUGAUGCAAGAGUGAUGUGGGAUCAGAAAACAGGCCGAUCAAGGGGGUUUGGAUUUGUCUCCUUCCGUAAUCAGCAGGAGGCCCAGAGUGCAAUAAAUGACUUGAAUGGGAAGUGGCUUGGUAGCAGACAAAUCCGCUGCAACUGGGCAGCAAAAGGUGCUGGAGCCGUUGGCGAGCAGAAUUCAGAUGCCAAAAGUGUUGUUGAAUUGACUAGUGGAACAUCAGAUGAUGGUCAAGAAAAGGUGGUCAACGAAGAUGCUCCAGAAAAUAAUCCCCAGUAUACAACUGUUUACGUUGGCAACCUUGCUCCUGAAGUUACUUCAGUUGACCUCCAUCGUCAUUUUCAUGCUCUUGGGGCUGGUGUUAUUGAAGAUGUUCGUAUUCAACGAGACAAAGGUUUUGGUUUUGUAAGAUACAACAGCCAUGCUGAAGCAGCUCGAGCUAUUCAGUUGGGGAAUGCCAGACUCCUUUUUGGUAAACCUGUUAAGUGCUCGUGGGGAAGCAAGCCAACUCCACCAGGAAGCAGUUCCAACCCUCUACCACCUCCGGCUAUAGGACAAAUCCCCGGUCUUUCAGCAAUGGAUCUUGCAGCGUACCAGAGGCAGCUUGCUUUAGCUAAGAUGGCUGGUGCUCAGGCUUUUAUGCAACCCCAGGGUCAGCGAAUCGGCGCUCCUGGUCAGGGUAUUUAUGAUGGUGGUUAUGGAGGCAUUGCUUCAACUCAACCACCAAUGUACUUCUAGUGAAUCAAUAAGGUUACGUACAUGUAAACACCUUUUGUUGUUACUUCACUGCAUUUUGAAUUUAUAGGAUCAUUUCCUUUUCCUAUUUAUUGUUUAGCUUGUCAGUUUCCUGUAAUACCUUUAGCAUGUAUGGUUACAUGGGUUGUUAGAGUUGAUUAGCUAAACCGAUGGCAGUACAUUGGAUGAGCAGUGAUCAACUAUUUUCCUUUCUUGUUAUC